GUUUUAUUAAUUUACACGAUAAAAAGGAGCCCAUAAUCCACCAUCACCAGUUUUACCACGAAUCGAUUGUUACGAAUUACUCAAGCGUACUCCACAAUCGGUUUGUGAGUCAUUUGUGGAUUUUGGGCCUUUUGCGGGGCGAUUCUUGUAAAAUCAUUACUUUGAAGUGUCGUAAUGCAGGAGGAAGAUGACUCCUGAAAAUGACAAAAUUUUGAAAGUUGUGUUUGAGAAACUGUGGAUAAUUCAUGUUUUCGUAACUCAGCGACAUGAGUGCGAUAAUUGCCUUUAUUUCUCAAAUUUGCUUCGCUGUUGGUGGAUUAAUGGACUUUGCAAAAAACCAUUUUAUGCCUUCUGCAAGAGGCGAAAUCGCUGGAGUGGGGGAAGACUUUGUUCAGUCCGUUUUCGUGUUGUAAAAUUUACACAAUUUCAGUUUGAAGUGGGGUUCAAUAUUUUUAGUGGGGAGCGACGACGCCAUCUUGUGUUUCGCUUCACAAACGUUUCACGCAACCUUCAACGACUCGCGUGUGUGUGUGCGCUCGACUGUGAAUCACUAUCCAUUCGUUUGUGGUAUAUUUCGAUAGUUUUUUUUUGCAUAAUUGCGAGUUCGGAUACUGAAAGUAAUCAACCUUCGAACAUCCAACCUCUUGGAACAAUAGAAAUAGUUAGCAGCACUGAAGUGCGUAGUUUGGUGGUGGGACAAGUACAGUGAAAACUUAUCGAGAAAAGAUUCUGAUUCGCGAGCGUCGUGUAGUACGUGACGUGAAUCUGGUUGGGAAAAAAGUACAAUUACAGUCCGGAGUUACACCACGUCACAAAGGUUGCGCUUUGUCCCGCGGUUAAUCAUCGCCCUUUACCAAGACGGCGUUCUAAAGUUCGGAUUCCAAAGGGCGUCCGAUGCGGACCUUCAGAAUGGUCCAACAUUUUCUCAUGAGAAUGAUCGCGAGGGAACGCGUUUCUGGGGUUGCACGCUUGGUAUACGAAAAUCGGGGUUAAAAGCAUCAUAGCAAAUCAUUCACAAGCGUGUAGUAUAGGACAAGGGGAAGGAGGAGGGAGAGAAGGGAGUUGGUGGCAGCUGCAAACACAAAGGAGAAGGGAAAGGAGCACAAAAGCGAAAGCCAGUUGCCCGUGUGUCGACGAGGUUUGCGUUGGUGUGUGUGCUAUUGUGUUGUAAAAUGCACAGUAGUGUUCGUGAGAGAGUGGAUUUCUCGUCGAGGAGUUUACGGUUUUCCUCCCUUCUUUCAGCUCUCGCAACGACGUUGAAAUGACGUUGUUGGUUAAACUUUGUAUCGACGGUUAGUUGUUUGAGCAUCUUCAGCUAACAUCAGCCGUUGAAGUUGAUGAGUUUCGCGAACGAGUAAUUUAGCUGCAGUCAAAGUAGCGACGGCUGGAGCGGAAAAACUGUGCAACCAUAGCAACAGCAGCCGUGUAUAGUGUGCGUGUAAAACCAGAAAGUAUGUGGCUCUGUUCUCAUCUUUUGUUGGCAAUCGAAAGAGAGAAUUAGAAAAAUCGGCGCGUGAAUGAACGAGCAAUUAGAGGCUGGAGUUGGUUUGGCGUGGAAUCCGCACGUGAUAUUGUGUAAAUAGCCUUAACGGAGUGUAUCGAAAUAGUGACAGUGCAAACAGUGGAUACAAAAGAAAUCAGGGAGCAAAAAGGACGCCAACGGUGUUGCUGCGCUGCACAGAAACAAGUGAUAGAUAGAGGCAGAGGAAGGCAACGGAAGUGACGCAAUGACAAACUCGCAAAACCGAAAUGCCCGUAACGGUGCGAACAACGCCGACCGCUACUUCAGUAACCACAGCCCGCAACAGCUGAGCGCUCAACAGCAGCAGCAGCAGCAGCAGCAUCAGCAAACGGUAGCGGGCAGUGCUGGUGGUAGCAACGGUGGUGGUAAGCGAGGAGGAAACAGCAAUGCGAACGGUGGUCGUAGUCAACGGUCACCCAGCACGAACUACUUCCGUAGUAUUUUUUCGUCGAGCGCCGCUAUACCCAUAGUACAACAGCAGCAGCAGCACCAGCAGCGGCAACCGUCAUCGUCUCCGACGGCCGGUGGCCGAGUUUCCGGCGGUCGUCAUACCAGCAACAGUAGCAGUAGCUCAAACAGCUUUAAUCAACGAUCCAGCCCAAGUGGCAACGGAGGAGGGAUAGCGAUUGUAGGAGCAGGAGGCUCUUCCUCGACACUGUACUCAUCGUCGUUGGGUGGCGCACCUGUAUCAGGUUCACCGCCAAACUUUUCGCGCUUUGCCGGAAGCAAGUGCUACGACGCUCCGGCUCCCACCGCCCUGCCGAAGCCUCCGGUACACUGGACGGCCACAUCGGGCGCCCCAAACUGUGGCGGUUUCGUCGGCACCAGCGGUCCCUUACCAACGGUGAUGGCAGCUUCGUCGAUGAUGGCUGGAAGUGGCAAAAAGGUGGCAGGAUCCGCCGGCAACAACGCCAUUAAUGGCGCUGCCAGCUCGGUGAAGCAACAUCAUCUUCACUAUCCUCAGUCGUCGUCCUCGUUCCAACAGGGACCGCAGCAGCAGACUCGUCUGCGCACGAAAGCGAUGAAAUCCUGUGCUUCGGCGGCGGCCAGGGCUAACAACCGUCAUGCGGCGAUGUUUACCCAUAAUCUGAAAACGAUCCUCAAUGUACAAGCUUAACAACUCAAUGUCGCACUAAGCAGCAGCAACAGCAACAGCAACAGCAACAUCAGCACCAGCAGUAACAGUGGAAACAGUAGCUUUUGUGACGCCCAAUGCGAAACGAAUCAAUCGGAGACGGUAACAGACCAGGAGGAGGAUGAGGAGGAAGAGGAGGAUGGCAGUCUACUGCGGAAGUUGGCACCGUUGUUACCGGUCACAAAUACGUCGGUCAUGCUACAACAUCAACGCAAACGGCAGCGACGCAGGCAGAAGAAGGAGCAUUCACACUAGAGAACGGCAAUGUUUUAAAGCACUUGUACGAUGGUAAGGUGUAAGAAGAUUGAGAGUAUGCGGAGCCGUCAUUUGGAGUAUAUGGAUUGUCGAACGUCGGAGCCAGUGCGAUCGUAGUUUUGUCACGGAUACUCACUAUUCCACGCGGCCCCCUAGAAUCACCGUUCGAAGUCGCUGUGUGGGAACGAGAUAGUACUGACCCGAGGAUCGCGAAAGCCGACGACUCUUCAAACGUGACAGUUAAAAGCAGAAAUUCUUCGUUCGUACGGAUUUCAAUCUGCAAGCGCCUGAAUGUUGUUCUACAGACAAUGUCUCAUAUCGUAUAUGCCUGUGUUUGUUGCUGGGCGCUUUUUUCUCCGAGUGCGGGAGAGGACACCUGAAUCCACCGUGUCGCGUCUCCGGUUCGAUUGUUCCGUCUGACUGUCGCAGACAGCUAAUUGGUGCUUCGGCGUCGUACUGGCCGCCGAAAAGUGGUCUACCGCGUCACCAUUGGCAGUGUGUGCCACUUACCGGUGAACCCGUGUUUUAAUGUUGUAAUUUAUUGAUGCUGUUGCUGCGGUAGCUGACCCGGAGGAGGUACCCGGCGGAUACGUAAAUCGCGACGGAGGAGAAGCAGCACCACCAUGCAAAAGGCACUGUCUGUCUUUUGUGUGCAUGUAUGUAAAAGAAAAAUUGUAACUAUAUUUUAUGUUCGGAACGUUUUGUUUUUUUUUUAUAUGACCUUCGAGUUAUAGCCUUUGUUUGAACGCUCCAUUAUGUUAAUAAUGAAACGAAAAUUACGAGAUAGGAAGACAAAUUCAGAGAAGAUAGCUACGAUCUUAUUGCAAACUGGAAGAUGGAAUGGUCAAUGGAGAGAAGAAGGAAGGACGUCUGUGACAAAGAGUGUGAGAAAGAAAGAGGAUGAUUGGUAGGAGGAAGGCGUAGGAGAAUAAGAUUUAAAGGCAAAGAGAGAGAGAGCGAGCGAAUGAGAGAGAUACAGUAAAGAAAGUAAUGAGAUGAGGGAUGCACAUUUAAAAUAGGUGACUUCGCUAUCGUCAAUGCUUUCAACGGUGGGCCCUAGUGUGUAAACGAGGCGCAUUUCAGUUUGAUUUAAGAGAAAAAGCGAGAAAGCAAAGAUUUACUCUAUACUGAUGAGAUGAAGGAAAAGGGCGGAUUCCUGCAGUAGAACCCGGAAUCGAUUGUAAGGGUGCUUGUGUGUUUGAGUGUAGUUUCGGGAUCGUAUGCAUUUUAAGGAAACGACGCGCUCAACACCACCAUCCCCAAAACCACGAAAGGUGUGCCGCAUGAGCGUAUUUCGGUUUGUUUCAUAACUUGUUUGCCAUAUAAGUCAUGAUUGCACGGAAGUCGCGACGACAAGGGUGUACAAAUUUGUCUUUUUGUAUCUUAAAACAAAAGGAUAAUAGUUCCAAACUAUGUUUUAGCUGCCUUGCUGCACUCUAUGCCAAAUUGAAUAAGAUUGUGAUGUUCGUCCUACGACCAACUCUUCUUUAACAUUAUCGAUAAACUGUUACUUUCUUGACUCCGAAGUCGAUUCAUUUUAAAAGUGAUUCUAUUCAUUUGCCCACCAGCGACACAUCAUAUCUGUAUUGCGUUGCCUCCGUCGCAGAAACACUAGUUCCAGACAGUGUUACGGACUAUACUUUAUGUAGAAACGAGGACAGAAUAGAGCAACACGGGACACUGUUUGCAAAAAAUGAUGAACUAUUUGUAUCAAUCACAAUUUUAUUUUCAUUUUCCCGGGCAGGCUGCACCUGUUGUGCCUGCAAUGGGGAUCCGAUUGCUUUUGACAUCCAAAUCAUUAAUUGGCAUUAGGCUCUAAACUUCCUAUAGAACUUGUGAAAAUUUCCACUUUUCCAUUCAAACAGUUUGGCGUAUUAUUAACAUUGCCUCAAAUUUCUUUAGCCAGCGUAGAUGUACACACUGUACUAUGAAAUUGGCUACAACCAAUUUUGGUAACAAUCUGGUUGUACAUAAUCCUGACACAGGGAGUAGUUAAGGAAUAUUGACAAGUUAUUGGUUCCUUUUUUUUUUUUUUGGUGAUCGUAAAAAUAGCUUACGAGAGUGUUUUCCUGCAGUGCAAGACACGAAAAAUUCCACCGAAUCCUGGCAACGAUUUUGUCUAUUCAAUCUGCUCGAAGCAGUGUAGCCUAGUUUGUUGAUUUAAGAAAUUCAAUCUGACAAAUAGCGACUAGGCGCUUUUACUAUUAUUUCACUUGGUAUCCUCUGCACCAGGCCAACCAAUACCUUAAAGAAUUGAACAAUUAUUGUCGAAACGUAGCUGCUGUAUUGGCAUCUUAGUGCUACUAGUAUUCGACAAAAUUGCAAAUCAGUGAAACAGUAUGUGAGGGUUUUCUUUUCGCUCAAGGCAAAGUUCUGCAAUUUGUGAAAAAAGAAAACUUAACAAAAUCAAAAUCCGGCUACACCGGCACCGGAAUACUACAAACAAAUGCGGCCAAACGAAGCAAACAGAGAUGGGGAGGGGUUCGUGAUAUGCGCUGAAAGAUCGAGUGCUAGCAACAUUACUAUCGACGUAGUCAUUAUCGUAUUGUACCGCAUAAUUUUCAACCUUCCCUCUUGUCUUUCCAGUUGUAUUUCUAUGUGUUUCGAACUUUUGCCCAACUCAUUCUCAUCUUUUCUCAACACUUUUUCAAACCUUUCGCACCGCAAAGGUGUGAAGUGACGAAAAUGUUGGUGCUGGGAUAGAUAUUUUUUUAUAAUAACUUUAAGUCCUUGUAAACGUUGUGCAAUGUCCUAAAUGGCUAGACGUAGCGCGUAUCAUAGACUAUCCCUCCCCCAACCCCUGAUGUGUGAUAAACCUAUGAUUUUUUGCCUUCCGAUCCUAUUUUAGACUUACUCUCUUAUUGCAAUACUUUCCUUACCACCUAAUUUUUAUUUUUAUGCAUUUUUCAUUCUCUUAUCUGCUACUAUUUUUUGAUACCGAUCUCAAAAGAACGUAAAAUUUCUCAUCGUUUUCUCAACAUGGUCGUUGAUGGUCGGUUGGGGCAACCGAAGCAUGUCAGCAACAUCCGUUCGUAAGGGAGAAGGUGCGGCAUUUUUUAGUUGAACAAAAGCACCGAUAUACAUACCAAUCAAAAGACCCCCGGAAAACACAUUUCAGCUGACCUAAGGACACUUUCACUUAGUACACACGAGUGUACUCGAUCACUCUCGGAACCUUGACAUUCGGCAGCAAUUAAUGUGUUCUGCCUAACGAAUGAGGAUAAUGUUGCUAAACUAAACUGUUGGCUGCAUUCGAGUUUUGUAAAUAUUUGUUUUUUCCUGGGACAACACAGGAAAAUCUGAUUUUUGAGUGGUUUGUGUCCUGCUUAUCUGAAAUGUGUGCGCGUGUGUGUGUGCUGCAGUUGUGUGCAGCUACUGUGUUAGGUUUACUCGACCCGGAGCGUCGUCUUAAGUCAGAUCAGUUUGCUUUUUGGUAAGUUCCUCCCUGCAUCCCUUCGGUUAUGUUGUUACGCAAUUCUUCGGUUUACCAUUUGUACCCUCUCCUCUAUCCUAUUAGAUGCCAUUAUUGCUGCAGCUAGAUAUUUUUCCUAUUUCUAAGGAAGUCUGUAGCACGUAAAAAAGUACAAAAACAUUCAUUGUUUUAUUCAUUUUCCACUUUCAUCCGCUACUCAUUUGGUUCAGUUGUGUUUUGCUACUUACAUGGCAGUCUUAAAUUAAUGCCUCCAACAUAUCAAUAGAACGCGGGAGUAUAUUUGUACGCAUCGGUUUCGUAAUCACCUAGUGUCAUUAAAUCUUAUUUGAAAAAAAAAACAAUUCUCAAAAUAGUAUCGUAUCAGUACCUGAACUUAGCUCCUACGUUGUCUAUUAUCAAUAAUUUCGAAAAAUCCCUAUCUGUUGGGUAAUGUAAGCAUCUUCAUGUUCACAGUGCCCUAGCAUUGAUCUACUUGAUUUUUAAAAAAUCCCUCCAACAAAACAAACCACCAUAGCUGUCCGAAUUCCCUCCUCCCAAUCGGCUACUCCUGAAUAAAAUACAUGAAUUGAAACGAAAAAAAAAACAAAGAAAAAAAAUCUAUUUUAAAGUUCUACAAGGACUAC